GCGCGCCAGCUCUCCGAGCGAGAGGGCGGGGGCAAGGAUUUCGUCAUCUCGCAGCAGCAGGCCAAGAUAGAGGAGCUGCGCUGGGAGCUGGAGCGCCGGGCGCGGGAGGAGGAGCGCCUGCGGCAGGAUCGAGCUGAGGACGCAGGACAAAAGAGAAUGCCUCGGCAUCCAGGAGGCUUCGCGCCGCCCCUGCCGGGCCAGCGGAGCGGGCGGAGGCCCGCAUCCGCUGGGAAGGCCCGCAGCGGCCCCCGGGGCUGGUCCGCGUCGCCGCGGGCGAGCCCGGUCAAGGGCUUCACCCGAGGGAGAGCCAGGUGCCCAUGCAGACGGAGAACACGGACAGGGAGUCUGCCACGAGCAGCCCAGGCGCGAUGGGGCAGAGCCCGCGGCACAGCAUGCCGAACCUG